AUGGCUUCUCCUUUUGCCUUAUGUUCCCGUCUGCGGGCGCCGACAUCAUCUCUCAUUUACUCUCGACCGACAUAUGACAUCAGAAGGAUAUCUCCUGCCAUUGCGACAACCAAAGGAAGUGUCUUGUUCUAUUCAUCUACAUCAGCGGAUAUCGCAAGCCCAAUAGCCAAGUUUCAGCCUGCAAAUCGGCUAUCCGGGCGGACCUGCCUGGUAACUGGUGGAACCUCGGGUAUUGGCUUUGCGAUUGCAGAACGAUUCCUACAAGAAGGCGCCUCGAAAGUCAUUCUCGUUGGCAGAUCGCAGGAGAGACUGCAAAAAGCCGCUGAAAAGCUUUCUAUCAAUGAUGGCACGGAAACAUCUUCUGAAAAAGUCCGGUUGGUUGUCGGGGACGUAGGAGAAGCUGGGACAUGGAUACGCGAAUUGGAGAAGGAAAUGGCCGGUGUAGAUAUUCUAGUCAAUGCAGCUGGAGUGUCCAUCUCGAAUAUUCUGCCAAAACUUGAAUUGGCCGACAUCUCCCAAAUUCUCCGUACCAACCUCGAGGGCGCGAUACUUACAUCUCGCGCAUUCCUACGCGCCACUAUCAGAGGCCGAAUCAGGGGCCGCAAGAGCCCAGAUGCUGCACAAAAGUCUUCUUCAAAAUGUAUCAUCAACGUCUCCUCACUUCUCGCUCUCAAAGCAGGAACUGGCGCGGUCCCGUACGCCGCGUCCAAGGCUGGACUCUUGGGUUUGACGCGAUCGCUGGCUGUUGAGUCCUCUGCAUCCAUGAAAGAUAUAGUGGUCCGGUCAAAUGCUAUUGUACCGGGCUAUAUCGAAACGCCGAUGAUUGAAGAUUUUUCUCCGGGAGAGGUUGACAGAUUGAAAGCUACAAUUCCCCUCCAUCGAUUCGGCGACCCACGGGAGAUUGCUGAUGCGGCCGUUUUCCUGGCCCAGAAUGAGUAUGCCAAUAAUUGUGUCUUGAAUCUUGAUGGAGGGUUGAGUGCAGUCUAG